ACAGGUUUGCUAGACAGUAGAGGAUUCAGAGAGAGAAAGACAGACUUUAGACUUCUGAACUUGUCGCUAACAACACGCCUGGCCCUCAGACAGAGGAAAAAGAAAGAGGUGAAAGAAGAAUGAGAGAGUUGAUUAUCUAGAAAGGGUGCGUAACUUCUCUGUGACUGUGGUGGGAUUGUGUAUUUGGGAGCCCGAACUUUCGGAUUCAGUCUGGAUGGGAAUUCCUGCUGUGCUUGUCAGAUGGGGAUUAUUCCAUGAACGGCUGGAUCUCGUUACUGAUAGCUGAUGGCAAUGACAGCCCUGUUCCGAAUGUGGGGUCAUAAACCUCAAGUGGUCCAGACCAAACCUCAGGUGCCAGUGGCCCAUCUGCCCAGCGAGGAUGACGAUGAUGACGAUGAGACGUUGCCCGGCAGAGCUCCUAUACGCAGGAAUUCACGGUUUUACCGUUCAAUGAGAAAGAAAAAGUUGCCGUCGUCUUCAGAACAACAAGAAAGCCCCUCCUCUUCUCCUAAACAAGCAAUGGACCCCGCCUCCUACAACAGGCUCAGCCCCUCUGCGGCAAAUCGACUUCCACACUCUCCCAGAAUGCAUCAUUCACCUUCUCGCUCUGGAAUGUCGUUGCCAAGCAACGGGAUUACUGUGCUGGGAGGAGUUCGCUCUCGGUCUCCGUUGGCGACGCCAGGAGGUUGGCCGCGUAGACAAGAAAUGGAAGAGCUGAGUGAACGGACAACAAGUGCCUGCACUAUGCAGGACAAUGACACCACUGCCGACCCUGACAACAUCACACUCCGGCUGGUGAGGAAUGGUGACAGUCCGCAGAAGAUGGCAGUAGAGAAUUCCUGCCGCAAUCUCAACAUUGUGAAGAGAGUUGAUGUUUUGUAUCAAGAGUACCGCGACACCUCUAAGCAGCAGGAGAUCGAGCAGCGUCGACAGAGAGAUGGGCUUCCGGCUACAGGGUCAGGGGUCACGGCUGCGCCUGCUUUACAGCUACAGCUGAGGAACAGCAUGCAUUCACUGAGCCUCUGGCAAAACCUGGAGGCUGUGAAGGACAGUGGACUACUGAAGACACUGGAGACAAAGGAGAUCAUACUGCAGGAGGCCAUGUUUGAACUGGUGACCUCUGAGGCGUCGUACUACAAAAGCCUGGAGCUGCUGGAGACCCACUUUCUACGAAACCCUCUGCUUGUCAACACCUUGAGUCAGUCUGACAUGCACUUCCUGUUCUCCAACAUUGAGGACAUCAUGAAAGCAAGCGAGAGGUUCCUCAUGGAUCUGGAACACAGGAUCGAAGAGUCCAUCCUGAUGUCAGACGUGUGCGACAUUGUUCAUAUUCACGCUGUUAACCACUUCCAAGUCUUCAUCAGCUACGUCAUCAACCAGGCGUACCAGGAGAAGAACUACAGACGGAUACUACAAGAAAAUGCUCUUUUUCGAGAGAAUAUAGCCAUUUUGGAGAAUCAGCCGAAAGUGAAGGGCCUCUCGUUUACCUCCUUCCUCAUCCUCCCCUUCCAGCGAAUUACGCGACUCAAACUACUUGUUCAGAAUAUUCUGAAGAAGGUGGAAGAAAAUUCCGAGAGCGAAAAGACUGCAAUAUUAGCUCAUCAAGAGUUGGAAAGGAUUGUGAAGGAAUGCAAUGAAGGAGUGAGGAAGAUGAGUCGCACUGAAGAGCUGAUCAGCAUCGAGAAAACACUUGAAUUCAAGUCGAAGUCGGUGCCGGUGAUUUCUCACUCUCGCUGGCUCCUGAAGAAGGGUGAGGUGCAGCAGAUGUCCGGACCCAAGAGCACCAGGACCAUGCGCAGCCGCAAGCUCUACCACCCCAUCUACCUGUUCCUGUUCAAUAACCUGCUGCUCAUCACCAAACGCAGCUCCAGUGGAGAGAAGUACCAGGUUCUGGACUCUUGCAGUCGCUCCAUGCUGAGGACUGAAGACCUGGAGGAUCAGGGUCAGAUGCUGGCCUGUGCGUUUGUGCUGAAACUGCUGGAGAACCAGGAGGACAGAGAAGUCAGCUACAUGCUCAAGUCUGAAAGCAUAAGUGAUAAGCUGCGCUGGAUAUAUGCUUUGACUCCAAACCGACGUACGAGAUUCCUCUCAACCAGCACACACCAACCAGAUUCUGCACAGGUUCAGUGCAUCCAGUCCUACUCCUCUCAGGAACCUGAUGAGCUCUCUGUAGAAAUGGCUGAUGUGCUGCACAUUCUGGAGUGCACAGAUGAUGGCUGGAUGUUGGGUGAAAGGUUACAUGACGGCGAGCGAGGCUGGUUCCCCAUCCGUGUGGUGGAGAGGAUCAUGAGCGCAGAAGUUCGGGCUCAGAACCUUAAAGAGUGUCAGAGGAUCCAGCAGGCUCAGGAAGGAGCGCAGGGGGCCAGAGCCGCCUCCAGGGGGCGCCGCCCUGCCAAAAGUCCGCAGUACACUCCCACCUGGACCGACCUGUAGAUAAAGAACAAGAAACGACAUCGCAUAACCACCACAACCAUUCGUUCUCCUAAUUCCUGACCCGGUUA